AUGUUUUGCUUUGAUGCAACACUAAGUUUUCAAGUAUUGGUUAGUGUUAUGUUGCCUGUAACAUUACCCUGCAAUCACAUAAUUUUAAUAAGCAACUUACAAUUUUGAUUUGGUGCUUAUCAAAGUUGUGUAUUGCCUACGUGACCAUUAUAUGAUGGGUUUCAGGUGUUCUCAUGCCUUAAUAGGUGUGUUGACAGUGUUAGCAUGUUCUGUCUCUAGCUUUAAUCGGAGAUAGUUUCUCAACUUCAAUGAUUAAAGUGUGUGUUUACGCCUGAACAAGUGCCGCGUCUACUUGAUCUUUGUGGCACACAGUUGUCGCACGCGGUGUUGCUAAACUAAAUUGUAUAUCCUCUUAGAAGAACCUCUAUCUCCUACACUGUAAAAUAUUGUUGUCCACUGCCUGUGAGAAUUUGCGUCAUAUUUUAUUGUGCAAAUGUAUGUUUUUCUUCUCUCAUAGGUGGGGUGCGAAAUCCAAUGGCUUACCUUCUCGAGGUGCACCCCGUUACGUCAAUUUUAGCUGGAUUUAUAAAUAAACAAAUUUUUCGAGCUCGCAAUUAUAUAAACAUAAUUUAAUUUAAGGGUGAUUAAAUUUAAAACUUUGUAGCCCUUUCUAACUUAAAGAACUUUAUUCUACUAAAUUCACUUUUUUAAAGUCCAGUUAAAGUUCACAAACUGAAAGCCAGGGUUGCCUUAGAGGUAUUCUGUUUGCAGGAAUUAUAUAUCGUCUCCCUUUACUUAAGGCAAUCAAUAUUUAUGUAACUGUAUAUGUAUAUUCAGUUGUGCAAAUUAUGUCUUCCUUAUAUUCAUGCAACUUUAUUUAAAUAAUAAUUUAUUUUUAGGCUACCUAAAAAUGUCACUUUAUAAAAAGUUUGGCAGUGAAAACACUGCUGCUUCACCACGACUAUCGUCUGGAAGCGAAACAUCCACAACAACAGCAGUAACAGCGUCACUUGCAACAUCAGUUGCCACAACAACUACAGCUGCAACAACAACAACCACAGCGACAACGACAACAACACCUGCAUCAAGUCAGAAAAACCUUAGCACGAUAAGGCACCCUUUUAUUACCAUACCAUAAGUUCUAAUUCUCUCACAUAUUCUCAUCACAUUGUUGCAUUGAAAAAAUUGAGUCUUAUAUUUAUAUAUUUAAGUUCAUUUUUAUAUAGUAUAAUCUUUUUCGUAUUUUAGGAUCUAUCUUACAAAGCAUACCUGCGGUGUCGCAGAGGCAACCCAGGACCCAGGUCAAGGGCGUCAUACCUUGUGUGGCGUCGCCUCGGGGGCAGGGACCGCGAGGGCUUCCGCUGGCGGGAGCAGCCUGGGCAUCCUACUCGCGAAGAAGGGGCGAAAUCGAUCCUGAUACAACAGGGGAUGUGUUCUAUUAAGGUGGAAUACCGUUGAUCGAUAACAUCAAAAAUGAAUUUCUGCUUUAGAAAUUUAAGGCCGGAAUUAUGUAAGUUAUCAGUGAAAAUGACAGAAGAUGUAGAUGUUUUUAUUAAUCCCUUUGCAGCAGGAGUACGCAGUAAUGCUGAUGUUAUUAUGAUCGUAGAAGAAUGGGAGUUACAUUUGCAUUCACAGAUAUUAAGUGAUGGCUCACCAGUCUUUAAAACAAUGUUGGAUGUAAAUUUUGUUGAAGGAAUAAGCAAAAGAGUUGAAUUGAAGAAUAAGAAAGCUAGAUAUGUUAUUGAAUUUUUGAAAUUCUUUUACCCAUCACUUGGUGCGACUGUUAACGGAUACAUGCCAAUGAAAUUAGAGAUAAAAUUGCGUUUUGAUAGGUAAUGCUUCAAGUAAAAAUGUACACAUUUUAAAGAUAAAAAUCUAUUUACCUUGAUUUGUCACAAACAACCAAAUAUUUUUGCAUGGAUGUGCAAAAGCUCUGCCUGAUGAAGAUUCAGUGUAUAAUAAGGAGUUUGUUAAAAAAUGCACUUGUUAAAUUUUAUCACUUCAUUUGUUUGAGUAUGUACAUCGAAAUUUACAUUGAAAGCAAUAAAAAAAAUUGGGAAGAAGUUCUCAUGCUUUGUGACGAGUAUGAUGUAACCUGGAUUAAACACCACAUUGAAAAAUUCUUGCUCAGCGAAGAGAUAAAUGAUAAGAGGAGGCUGUUUAUUUUCUUUACCUGUCUGAGGUUCAUGACCUGCUUGAUUUGAAGAAGAAGCUUUUCGCAGACGAAUGUUAUUUUUGCUGGGUGUGUAUGGAAAAGUGUCCUCAAUUCGAUAUGCUAACAUUGGAUACGAAAGCAUGUAUCUUUCAACAAAGGCUGAAACUGAAGUUUAAAGAGAAGAAUAAACAUUGUUAUUCUCAUUAUGAAGAAGAUAAAUUAAUAAAUUUUGUAAUGGUGUUGGCACGAAAGGAUUAAUAAUUUAAAGUAAUUAAUUUUAUGUAAAACUACUUUUCGCAAUCUUGAUUUUGUAAAAAUUUGUUCUCUAAAAAAUCCAGUAUUGACCAAUGACUAAAUUCAAGUGAAAUAUUUGUGCUACUCAUUUGCACAAACAGGAGCCAUUUUUCUUGCUGUCUAAUUUUUUACUUUUGAGCUUUUAAUUGAUUGACUAUCUAAGCCAUUUCCAGCAAUGACAUUUUGAUAAAAAUGAUUUACCUGAAUAGAUUUACAUAUGGGUAAGUUCUUUGUAACAUACAGACAAUAGAAAUUAAUUACUCAUUGUUAUAGUAAGUAAUGGUUUUUUUAUUCUUAAUAUAUCAUAUACAAUUUAUUUUUUAUAAAAUUUGUAAGGGAAUGUAAAAUACUCUUAUGGUAUUUUCAUUUUAAACGAAAAUGCAUCACAUUAUUUUAGCAUAAUAUCGUUAUUAGGUUUUAACAUGAUUUUUGAAAGAAAAAAAUUAUUUGUAAGUAUUCUUUGUAAAGAUUUAGUUAUUGUCUGUAAGACUAUCUCUAUGGUGUGCAGUAAUCGCACCUUCUACUUCUAGUAGACAUUUCGUACCAGAGGUAUUUUCAUUUUCUUUCGAAAUAUGCAGAUAUUUUCGAUUUCAAGAGUUCAAUUUCUUAAACCAUUGGUUAAAUAGUAGGAGUACUAUCAAAUCCGGGAGAUGCAUGGGAAUUUGGAUGCAACACUUUACAAGAUGUUUUAAAAUUGUGUUACUUAUGUCAUGCUAAAGAGUGAUACAAAAAAAACUAUAUCAUUUGAUAAGUUCUUCUAAAUACUCUUCCGUCCAAAAAAUUUAAACAAUCAAUUGAUUUCACAGAAUAAGACGAAUAGGGUGAAAGAAUUUCUCUGAUGAUUUUCCGAAAAUGUUGAUGUAAACUUGUUUUUGUAUGAUUUUUGAGAACCAUACUACUGCAACGAUACGUACACCUUUUAUUAGAAAUACCUUUUUGGGUACAAGAGCUUGAUUAAUCCUGCUGAAGUAGCCUGAAAAUCUUUUCAGCAGGAAAACUACCAUUUAAAUUGUGCGUUUUGAAUGUGUUUGUAUUUCUAGAAUUCUUAUAAAUAGACCUUUUCGUAUCAUCAACAACAACCUGACUCUUCCAUAAAAUUCUUUUUUGUGUAUUUUUUUAUUUUAAAACUAACGUACUGUCUUACCUCAAGUAAGCACGGCGCUAAUUAAAUUUUCAUGUUUUAAGAUGCAGCGCUAAUAACAGCUUACUUCGUAUUCAAAAUUAUAGAUGCUGCUACCAAUAUCAGCGUUUAUUAGAGGACGCUAAUAAAAUGGCAGCGAUAUAUGGAGAAAAUAUGGUAAUCUUCGAACCAAGGUUGCACAUUUUAUUGUAUGUUGAUACAACCUCUUAUUCUGCUUUCGGAAAACCUUUUCAGGAAUCAAAAAUGUAAAAGACCAUUUUGUAGCGAUGAAUAUUACUGGCAUUUAUUUGUUAUGAGGAAAUCUAUUAUUUUUCUGGACUACAAUUAAAGGUAGAAGUUUAAGCAGUUACAAUAUAGCAAGAAAGAAAAUCAUGUGAGAGUGUAAAAUAUGUAAAACAACUCCUUCACCUGUGUGCUACUAGUUAAAGGUAGCAGCACUCUUGACUGCCCAGCAUAUCACAGUGUAGCUGCCAAGAAAAGUAUAUGAUCUCUUAUAUUUGUGAAAAUUCAUUGAUUACCGGAAUAAGUAAGUCCAGAGGCUCUUAAUCGACCAAGGAAGGUAUGUUCUCUUAUAUUUACAAAUUUGGAGGUCGUAGAUAGUCACAUUUCUUUUUCAAGUAUGUUCUAAAAUAAUUUAAAAGUUUUGUUUCAAUAUGUUGAUCGUUCAUGCCAAGUUUCAUGUUUUGCUAAAGAGCACGAAAUCACUGGCUUGUUUAUUUUAUUGUGAUAUUUUUCUUUUCUUUAUUUUAUAUUUAGAAAAAUUGCAUUCCAACAAAUAAUAGCUUUUUGGUUGGUUGCGCAAAGAUAUUUUGUUGCUGGAAUUUUGCUUCUCAAGAAAUUUUUAACGUAAUACAGUAUUCAUAAUAUUUCAAUAUCCAUUUUUACUACGCAAAAUACAGUGACAGGAAUACACAUACUGAAAUGAAAACAAGGUUAGUUUACGGACAAUUUAAAUUUCCAGCCAAGUUGUGCACACAUAGUUUGCUUAUCUUUACUAUUAUUUCUCACAUUAAAGGUUUUCUAGUGAACUAUAAACGUUUUGUUAGAGAACUUAAAAAUGUUUAUUUUUUACCUAUUGGGUAUUAAAUUAAAAAAAGAAAAACGUCCCAUUACAUUUACUUUUAUUAGCAAAAUCGUUUGCCGUAUUUGGCCCGUUCAUUUUGUAAAGAGAACCCCAAAAUUUUGUCCCAUUUAUACUUUGUCCUGCGAUAAGUAACUAGACUAACUUUUUGUUUACAACUGUUCACCAUUUUAGUCAAUUAUUUUUAUACAAGUAUACAAAUCUUUAUUUAUUUAUAUUUUGUUCCAACUAUUACAACAAGUAUAUAAUUUUACAUCAACCUUUUAUCAAAAAAGUGAUAUAAAUUUCUACGCUAUUAUUUUAGUAGCUGACCUCCAGGCUUUUAACACUAAUUUAUUUGUAUUAAAAACCUUAUUGUAACUUCCAGUUUUAUUAGAUUCUAUUUGCUAUGUAAAAUUGUACGCGUAUCCACUGCGAAAUACCUGACUUCUUUGACUAAUGUAAUGUAAUUUGUGGAGAAAAAAAGUGGUUAAGUCAAA